UUCUCGUCUGAGUUAUAGAAUUGCAACAUGGGGAUCAUCAUCUGCAAACAAUAUGGACAAACUACUUAUACUACAAAAGAAAGUACUACAAUCAAUAUGCAGGACACACUAUCUGGAACAUUGUAGACCCCUAUUCAUCCAGCUCAAAAUCCCCACUGAUUUCUCACAAUAUAUCAUCCUAGAAACCAUUAUCCUAGCUAAAAAAUCCAAUCUAACACUCCGGUCACAAUAUCAUAAUUACAACACCAGACACAAAAACAAUAUUAACCUGCCACAACACAGACUAAACAUGUUCAGUAACACCCCAACAUACACAGGAUCUAAAUACAUAAAUCUUCUGCCAGAAAAAAUUUAAAAUAUUUCACAUCAUACCACAUUUUUGUAAAACCACUAAAAAAUUGCCUUAUAAACAAACCAUAUUACUCAACAAAGGAAUACAUACAAGAGCACACUUAUACACAUUUACAUUGGGCUAGCUGAAAGGCUGUCAAGAGGAUGAAGAAGGAAAAAUUUUUGACGACUCCCCGAUCUGAGGAUUGUGGCGAAGAAAGAAGAGGUAAAAGUUUGCCUUCUCCUCGCCGCCACCACUCAGCUGUGUUUGUCAACAACGAUCUGUUUGUGAUUGGAGGAGUCGGUCGACAUAGAGUCAUGUUAGAUUCAGUUGCAAAGUACAACUUGGUAUCCAAAUGCUGGGAGACAUGUGCACCACUGCCCACAACCCUCUAUUCAGCUCCCUGUUGUGUCUAUAGAGAGGAUAUAUACCUGUUUGGACCUCAGAUCUACUGCUACCGCCAGGCUAUCUGCAGUUGGGAGUCGGUGGCCAGGAUUAGUCUGCCUGACAACAUGGCAGUGGCAACAGCCAUGAGUGACAACACACUUAUCUACAUCAUAGGAAUAACAGCAAAACUGUAUUGUUUUGAUCCUCAAACUGAAGAUGUAAAAGUGAAAUUCCUAGGCGAGUUUAAAACUCCCGGGAACAAUGCUUGCCUGGUCAACAAGACGAUAUACAGUUUUGGAGAGGAGGAUGGUGUGCAAUCCGUAGAAGAGUACAGUAUCAAAAAAAGAACUUUCACAACACUUUGGCAUCACAAGCGGGCAGAUGAGGACGAGCCUUCUGUCUUCUGUCUCAACCAAGCGGCUGGCUGCUUUUCCUUUCCUAAAUAUUACUAAAUUUGUAUGAAACAAAAACACUAACAAUUAUUAUCACUGACACAAAUCAAUGAACCAAACACUGACACAAAUGAGGAAAACCCUUCAUGCUUAGAAUUAAAGCAGUUUAUAAAUAUAAUUUUAUUUUAAAACUGUA